UCUAAGUAUAAAGUGGGAGCUCGGAGGCGAGGGUAUUUUUAGAGCAAUUGACUCCCUUUCUAACCACGUGUGCUGCCCAUGUUGAUCAGGAUGACUCUCCCCUCGGCCUUCUUGCCAAUCUUGCUCCUGGGACUGCUCUCGCCCUGGGUGGCGCGCUGCGUCCCCUUCGCUGCCCAGCACAACGACACCCUGGAGUGGCGCUGGGAGACUCUCUUCUCUCGCUCCAUGGCCCGGCUCCCGGGGGAGAGGAAGGAGCUCAGCCGGGACGGGGACUAUCUGCUGGGCAUCAAGAGGCUGCGACGUCUCUACUGCAACGUGGGCAUCGGGUUUCACAUCCAAGUUUUGCCAGACGGCAGAAUCAACGGGAUUCACAACGAAAAUCGAUACAGUCUGCUCGAGAUCUCUCCAGUGGAAAGGGGGGUGGUGAGCCUCUUUGGCGUGAAGAGUGGCCUCUUCGUAGCCAUGAAUAGCAAAGGCAAACUCUACGGCUCUACCCAUUUCAAUGAUGAAUGUAAAUUCAAAGAGAUUCUCCUGCCAAACAACUACAAUGCUUACGAGUCCAGAAUUUACCCUGGGAUGUACAUAGCUCUGAGCAAAAAUGGAAGAACAAAGAAAGGCAACAAGGUGUCUCCCACAAUGACAGUGACACAUUUUCUACCUAGAAUCUGAGACAUCUCCCUUCAGACCUACCUCAGUGCAGGGGAAGAGACAAAACACAGGCUUGGGGGAAAACAUGGUGCACUUUUAUUGGAGAGUUUUAUGCAAGAGUAGGUGUAAAAUAUUUAAAUUAAUUAUUUAAAUAUGUAUAUAUUGCCACAAAAUUAUUUAUAGCCCUGAUUUUUUUUUAUUUCUAAAAAACAAAACAGAGCAAACCUCCAACCCAAGGGAUGUCAUUUAAUGGUGCAACAGUGGAAGACUUCUGCAUUGUGGUUUAUUUAACCUUUUUUUUAAGUUCUCACAGGUGUGCUGCUAUUAUGUGUUUUAAAACAAGUGAAAUUCGAUUCCUAUAUUACAAUGUUUUGCACUGUUUGUGUGUUGUAUGGUGUUUGUUCUUGUACUCAUAUUUGUUUGUUUUCUUCUUAAAAAACAAAACAAAAUAUUGCCACCAGAUAAGGUCUUAGUCUUUGAAAAUGAGCUGUGCAAACCUUUCUCAGUUUUGAUGCUAGCUUGUAGCAACAUACAAUGUCUGACCUCCUUUGUGCAGUGUUGCUAUUUAAUUGAAACAGUAUCCGUUUUCUUCUGGUACAGAAAGUGCAGUGUUGAAGUACUACCCCACAAAUCUGUUUUUAGAUCUGCCAGUGCUGAACUUUGAACUUUCCUGCAGUCAAUCUUAGUAGAGCUGCUAGGCAGUAGAGACCCUUUAAGCAACUAUAUAAGCUCCAUUUUUCCCCUCUUUCUGUUUAGAUACAUAGGAGCAUAAUUUCUUUUGUGGCCCUUAGAGGAAGCUCAUAUUACAUGAUUGCUUUGCAUAUUAGGUUGAAAAAGUGUGUGUCUACCCCUCCCCCAACACACACAUGCUGUAAAAUAUGCUAUCAUAGGCUAAGUAUAUUGAUUCAAAUCAAAAUUCCCUCUUCAAGUUUGGAGACGACAUGUAUGUUCCAAAGAUCAUGAAACUCUAGAGCACAAGUAAUUUUUAAAAACUAUAAUCAAAAUACAUUUUCCAAGAAACUCUAUAGACAACAGUCAGAUUGGCUUCAAGCAAUUGAAGUUGUUUUAUAUUUAUUUAUUAUUAAUUUCAAAUGCAGUGUUUGGAAGGAGAAAUAUGCUGCUCUUCUCUGUGUCUCAUUCCCUGACAAAGUUCAUUAAUUUCUACCUCACUAACUCCUUGAAGCCAGUCUCCUAACAAAAUCUGCAUAGAUGGUGCACACUUUUCUGUUCAGUAUUAUAAUUCCAGUGGCAGGGAGGGGAUGAUCUUUGCAAUCCCAAAUCUCUUUUUUUUCCAUAUGUAGCCAAAAGAAUUCGAGAUAGAGUUGGUUGCGUCCUAUUUGAGCCUUGUCACGUUUGAGCUAUCUUUACCCAGUGAUUUACUUUUAGUAAGGAUAAUCAUGGAGAAAAUAUUUGCAGACAGCUGUCAGGCUGCAGCACUAUAUGGUCAUCAAGUAACCCUAUAUUUUUCUUUAUAUAUUUUGCAAAUGUAACCCGUGUCUCUAAAGCGAUGAAGGAAAGACAGGUUUGAUCAUGGAGGGGGUGGGGAGAGGAGUGCAGAGCCCAAAAUGAUGGCAAGCUUUAAAUUUGUUUUAAACGUGCUACUUUAUCAUUUGGACAUAACUUGCUUAAGUUGCAACCAAGACUGACUACAAUGUUUAGAGUAUGAUUUUAAUAUGAAUUUAAUAUUCUUAGAGGAUGUUUACAAAUCAUCUUCCAAAUUAAACUAAUGAAUUUUGAACAGGUACAAAUCACAAAGCUGCAAUGAUUUGAGUUCAUCUUGAUUUUCUUUUUACAUUCCUAUAUGAAAAGUUUCCAUUCUACUACACUCACAUAUACUUGCUUAUAUACUGUACUGACAAAUGACCUUGAAGAAUAAAGCUGCUUAUCAGAAGUUCAGUGAGAUCCAAGUAUUAGCAGGACCAGAUCUUAAACCAUCUACUGCUGCUGCUCAAAAUUAAAACAGAGUUUAAAACAAAGUCAAAGCAAGGGAGCACCUGGCAAGUGUGGUGCUCAUGGAUUUUUCUGCAAUUCGGGGGAUUUCUGUACUUUCUUUGUUUUCUGUAUGUGAGUAAUCAUCUGUGUAAUUAUUGCCACUACCUCUGAAACCUCACACUGUUUCCAAGUUUCAGAAAGCAAAGUUGCGAAGAAUUCAUUUGAAGAAUGUUUCUCCUAUGUCACCUUUCACUCCAUUAAAAUCCACAGCUGACCACCUCAUCCUACAUGUAUUCAGAGGUAGUUGUAACUUUCAAAUACUGUUGUAAAAUCUUUAUAUUGGUGUUCCAUGGUAUGAGCUUUCACCAUUUACCAGAAUCUGUCUGUAGUUUUAUACAGGUGCUGUUCAAUAUUGUGGUGUAUGUGCUGUGCACAUUUAAAUGCAUAAUAAAUUAUAAACGUUUACAUUGUA